GGCAGACGACGUCACGCGCGGGCGAAAGAGGCUACGAGUAUGGCGAGCACCGACAGACGAUGGAUGAAGUGCAACUCGACUCGCUGUAUAUUUGUAACCAUCGUAUAUACCUUAUAAAGUCAUAUUCUCAUGUCCUCGAGCAGCCACUCGAGUUUAUCACCUCCAAGCAAACCAGCAUUUGUCCACGAUACCCCCGAAGCUGGCCCCUCCGUCCAAUCACUGCGGUCUCGCACUUCGUCCCUUUCCUCCACCUCCAGCUCAGUCUCUCGGAAGGGCAAAGAGCGCGCCAGAGUACCCAACGGAGAUGAUUUGGAUAGUGAAUUGAGCGAAACUGAAAGUGGGGAUGAAAAUAGUGAGGAGGAGGAGGAGGAGGACGAUGAUGAAGAGAAGGAGGGGAGUCAAAGCUCUGAAAGAAGCGGACAUGAGUCGGAGAACAAAGAUGGGCCGAGUACCAAAGAAAAAUCAAUUGAAGAUGAUGAAGAACAAAUCGAAGAUGACGAUGAAGAAGAUAGUGAGGAAUCGAGUGACGAAGAGGAGGAGGAACCAGCACUCAAGUACAGCAGAUUAAAAGGUCGGAUACCAGAGAUCUUAGCCAAAGACUCUGCAUCUACCAUAUCGGUGUCACCAAGAUCUGUUGCUCUAGGGACACACAACGGAAUGGUUCACAUCUUGAGUUAUGAAGGCGUCAAAAUCAACUCGUUCAGGCCGCAUGCAGCGAGUGUGACAUGUUUGCGUAUGGAUGAGAGCGAUGACUUUGUUGCAACGUCAAGUGUAGAAGGCCGUGUGGUGAUUCAUUCUCUCAGCACACCGGAAUCUUAUGCUUUUGACUACAAGCGUCCCAUGCGUGCAGUUGCCCUUGAACCAGAUUUUGCCAAAAAGAAGUCUAGGGCAUUCGUUUGCGGUGGUAUGGCGGGCAACUUGAUCCUACAGGAGAAGGGAUGGAUGGGGUAUAAAGAGCAAAUUCUCCAUUCUGGAGAGGGACCUAUCUGGGCUAUUGAAUGGAGACGGAACCUCAUCGCUUGGGCUAAUGAUCUUGGAGUGAAGAUCUACGAUACUAACACCGGCCAACGAAUAGGUUACAUCGAUCGCGGUGCAUCUGCGCCUCGUGCCGAGCUCUUUAAAUGCACUCUUCAAUGGAAAGAUGAUCAGACACUUCUAAUAGGCUGGGCGGAUCACAUCAAGAGUGUUCGCGUCCGCUCCCGUCCUUCAAGUCAGGCCUCUGGAAACCUUCCUCCCUUGACGGUCGAGAUGACGGCCAUCUAUCAAGUCGAUUGCAUGAUCUCUGGUAUCGCGCCUUUCGGAGGCUCAUACGUCAUACUCGCAUACAUCGCGCCCGACAGAUAUGAAAAUGAGGCUACCGAUGACCCCAUUGAACAGCGUCGGAAGGCGGCAAACCGACCGGAAUUAAGGAUUAUCGAUAAAGGCGAAGAAACCAAUGCUGACGCACUGAGUCUAGCCAAUUAUCACAUGUAUGGCUGCAAUGACUAUUCAUUGGUCAAGUCUCAGAAACCUGGAGAGGAAGCAUUCUUAGUCAUCAGUCCUGCCGAUGUCAUUGUGGUCAGACCAAGAGAUGAGGCUGACCAUAUCGAAUGGCUGGUGGAAAAGGAAAGAUUCCAAGAGGCGUUGGAAGCAGCCGAGGAGAUGCAGAAGAAGCAUGGUAGUGCACUGGACAUGAAGGGAAUUGGGUUAAAAUAUAUGCGACACCUCGUGAGCAAAGAGCAAUUCGAACAAGCUGCAGAGCUUGCACCAAAAAUCUUGGAACAGGAUGUGGCGGCUUGGGAAAAAUGGAUAGACAUCUUCGUGCAACAUCAACAGCUACCUGUCAUCAUUCCAUAUAUCCCGACACAAAAGCCUAGGCUAGGGAGACGUGUGUACGAGAUGGUGUUUACACAUCUUUUGAUCAACGACAAACAGGCUCUUCUAAAGGUCAUCACAUCGUGGCCGACGGAAAUCUAUGAUCUCACAACACUGGUUGACGCCAUCCAGGGAGAGCUGCAGGCUUCCCAUGACGAUCCAGUUUUAUUAGAGUGUCUGGGUGAAUUAUAUCUUAUCAACCGCCUUCCUGCCAAAGCUCUCCCGUACUUCCUUCGUAUCCGCAAACCCUAUGUCUUUGACCUUAUUAGAGAACACAAUCUUUUCACCGCGGUUCGAGACCAGGCUCUGCAACUGGUUACCUUUGACCAAGAACGAAAGAAGGCCCAGGGCAAAAGGGAGAACCAAAGAGGCGAGAAGACGGAUGAUGCAGAAAUGGGGAGUGUAGAAGGUGACAAGAGCAAGCAUGGAGCUGCGAUUCAGUUACUCGUUGAUCAUGUCCACUCUAUCCCUAUCGAGAGAGUUGUACACCAGCUUGAAACUAAGCCUCACUAUUUGUACAUGUAUCUAGACGCCCUUUUGGAUAAAGAUCCACAAUACUCUUUGCCAUACAGCGACAGAAUGGUUGAGCUCUAUGCUGCGUAUGAUGUCGACAGACUGAUGCCUUUCUUGCGUACAAGUAACUUCUACGACCUCGAGAAGGCCUAUGCUGUAUGUAAAGAGCGCGAUUAUGUUCCAGAAAUGGUUUUCCUCCUCGGCAGAAUGGGUAACAAUAAGCGAGCGCUGAUGCUUCUUAUUGAGCGUCUUGGCGAUGUCGAAAGGGCAAUUGAGUUUGCAAAAGAACAAGCCGAUGAGGAUCUUUGGGAAGACUUGUUGGCUUAUUCGGAAAGUCGACCAGAUUUCAUCCGUGCUCUUCUAGAGCACGUUGGCGCAGAGAUCAACCCCAUCCGACUCAUUAGUCGCAUCCGCAAUGGCAUGGAGAUCCCUGGACUGAAACCCGCUUUGGUAAAAAUCUUGCAAGCAUCCAACCUUCAGGUCUCUUUGCUGGAAGGCUGCCAACAUAUUCUAAAUGGAGACUGUGCCGGUCUGAUGGGCCAGCUGCAAAAGGGUCAAACUAAUGGUCUGAAAGCGUCAUUUACGAGCACCUGUGCGGUGUGUUCAAAACCUGCCUUUACGAACUCACCAUCCCUUGUUUUGAUUUACCUCUGUCGACAUCUUGUCCAUGCGGAAUGUGUGCUUCCUGAAGGGGUAGACCUACCAGUACGGCAAGAAAAUGCUUCAGUCGCGUAUUUGCUGGCAGAUGAGGGCCGUAUGGGCGGCCGUAGAGGCGCAGCGUGGAAGGCAAGAAAUCUCGGGGCCAGGUUGGGCUAUGCAGCGGCGGUGAGGGUCCGAGUCAAGCAAUGUCCGGUGUGUGAGAGCAAACAGGGACAUUAGAUAAAGGGCACUUAACCUAAAAGUUUGUAUCGUUAUGCAUUUAUAAAAGCU